GUUAAGGCUGCAGAAGUUGCAUUGCCGAUUGCAUAAAAUAUAAUCCUGGAAGGAAGGGUCAUAUGCAAAUAAAGGAUGAAAAUUCUUAUCUGCCAUUGGGUAAUUGAUAUUAGCCAAUGGGAGAACUCUACACAGGCUACCUCCAGUCAGUAUAAAUAUUUCUCAUUCCAGCUCUUUAUGGUACUCUGCCUUCUUGUUCUUGUGGAGCUUGUUCGUUUGUUUGUAGCAGUCAUGUCGGGUCGCGGAAAGCAGGGCGGCAAAGCUCGUGCGAAGGCCAAGACUCGAUCUUCCCGUGCAGGUCUGCAGUUCCCUGUGGGCCGCGUCCACCGACUCCUACGUAAGGGUAACUAUUCCGAAAGGGUGGGAGCUGGCGCCCCUGUAUACCUGGCGGCCGUGCUUGAGUACUUAACUGCGGAGAUCCUGGAACUGGCUGGGAAUGCAGCUCGAGAUAACAAGAAGACUCGCAUCAUCCCGCGCCACUUACAACUUGCCAUCCGAAACGACGAGGAGCUCAAUAAGCUUCUAGGUCGCGUGACCAUCGCGCAGGGCGGUGUGCUGCCCAAUAUCCAAGCUGUACUGCUGCCUAAGAAGACUGAGAGCCACCAUAAGGCUAAGGGCAAAUAAAGUGAUUCCACAGCAGCCUCUUCGGGCUAACAAAGGCUCUUUUCAGAGCCACCCACUAUUUCAGUAAGUGAGCUGUCCUGCUUGCAAUUAAU